CAGCUCCCGCCUCUUUCUACCGAGAUACACGCCCUUUUCACAGAGUGUUUGGCCACGCCCCCACAGUUUGAAGCGCUCUUCAAUUGGCCCCGACGCGUGGUUUCUGGCAACGCCUUUUGCAAUCAUUCCAUUGGCUGAGCUGGCUGUCUGUCAUGCACUCGGCGCUUUGCCAUAGGGCUAGUGACCUGGAGUGGGUGGGACUAGGCUAUUCCACGGGGAAUAGAGUUGCAGAAGGAGAUCCUUGCCUGCUCUUUUUAUGGAUUGAUCGGGAUCUGACUGAGGAUGAAGAGAUCAGAUCCGGGUUUUGGUAGAGAACAGCCCCUGCAGCAGCAGUAAGCCCAGAUAAGCCCCUUUCCCCCUCCUAUUUGCAUUCACGUCCCUGUCUGAGUGAGAUCAUUUGUGGAGGUGAAGAUAACCAUGCAGUUGAUUUGGGGAAGGACUUAACACUCUGUACUGUUAAUGUCUGCAAUCAAGAGGGGACUGCAGGAGCCAGGGCUGCUGCUCAGGAUUUGGCGCAGGGAAUAAGGCCAACACUGCUGCAUCAAGCAUUUGCUUUGCAGACAGCUGCAUGUUGUCUGAAAGACCCAGAGCUUUCCUUGCCCCUUACUGCUACAACCUACAGUGCCUUCACUUCUCCAUGGACUGACCGUCUACAGGAUCGCUGACAAAACCACAUUGAUUUACAUCUGCAAGAACCAUACUUCAAACCCAGGAUUGCAGCUACCAAACCAGAGAACAUGACAUCGCCAGCAAAAUUUAAAAAGGAUAAAGAGAUCAUUGCAGAGUAUGACACCCAAGUCAAAGAGAUCCGAGCCCAGUUGUUGGAGCAGCUGAAAUGUCUGGAUCAACAAUGUGAUCUACGCACCCAGCUUCUUCAGGACUUGCAAGACUUUUUUCGCAAGAAAGCCGAGAUCGAGAUGGAUUAUUCGCGAAACCUGGAGAAACUCACGGAGCGAUUUCUUUCGAAAACCCGAGGAGCCAAAGACCAGCAGUUCAAGAAAGAUCAGAAUGUCCUGUCUCCUGUGAGUUGCUGGAACCUGGUUCUCGCGCAGGUGAAGAGGGAGAGCCGUGAUCAUGCCACGCUAAGUGACAUCUACUUGAACAACAUCAUUCCCCGCUUUGGCCAAGUCAGCGAGGAUUCGGGGCGUCUCUUUAAGAAGAGUAAAGAAAUCGGUCUGCAGCUGCAUGAGGACCUCAUGAAAGUAUUAAAUGAGCUGUACACAGUGAUGAAAACCUACCACAUGUAUAACGCAGACAGCAUCACUGCGCAGAGCAAGCUGAAGGAGGCAGAGAAACAGGAGGAGAAGCAGAUGAGCCGAUCAGUGAGACAGGAAGAUCGGCAAACCCCUCGCUCCCCGGACACCGCGACUAGUGUCCGCCUGGAUGAGAAGCACAUAAGGCGCAGUUCUGUUCGUAAAAUCGAAAAGAUGAAGGAGAAGCGUCAGGCCAAAUACACAGAGAACAAAGUGAAGGCUGUCAAGGCUCGAAAUGAGUAUGUACUGGCACUGGAAGCCACCAACGCAUCUGUCUUCAAAUACUACAUUCAUGACUUGUCUGACCUCAUUGAUUGCUGUGACCUAGGCUACCACUCAAGUUUGCAUCGUGCCCUCCGUACAUUCCUGUCCGCCGAGUUCAACCUUCAGCACUCUAAGCAGGAGGGACUAGAGGCUCUGGAGAGUGCCACAGAGAAUCUGGAUGCUUCUGCAGACAAGCACCGUCUUAUGGAGUCAUCUAACAGUGUCUUCUGCCCUCCUGUGAGGUUUGAGUUCCAGCCACACAUGGGGGAUACUAUGGCGCAACUCUGUGCACAGCAGCCUUUACAGGGGGAGUUGGCUCAAAGGUGUCAGCAGCUGCAGUGUCGCUUGUCCACGUUACAAAUAGAAAAUGAGGAGGUGAAGAAGACAAUGGAAGCUACAUUGCAGACAAUUCAAGACAUGGUGACCGUGGAGGACUAUGAUGUAUCUGACUGCUUCCAAUAUAGCAACUCCAUGGAAUCUGUAAAGUCCACAGUGUCUGAGACCUACAUGAGCAAGCCAAGUAUUGCCAAACGGCGUGCCAACCAGCAGGAGACAGAGCAGUUCUACUUCACUAAGAUGAAGGAAUUCCUGGAGGGACGAAAUUUGAUUACGAAACUGAAAGCCAAGCAUGACAUGUUACAGAAGACCCUAGGAGAGUGUCAGCGCACAGACUGCUCUCUGGCCAGUGGUCGACGAAUGUCUACUUUAAGGAAGCAGGACUCCAAGCAACCAAUUCCCCUUGUGGUUGAAAGCUGCAUAAGGUUCCUCAGUCGUCACGGUCUUCAGCAUGAGGGGAUAUUCCGGGUGUCUGGCUCCCAGGUGGAAGUGAAUGAUAUCAAGAAUGCAUUUGAGAGAGGAGAGGACCCUCUAGAAGAAGAUCAAAAUGACCAUGAUUUGGAUUCUGUUGCUGGGGUUCUUAAACUAUACUUUCGGGGGCUCUCAACACCUCUUUUCCCAAAAGAAAUCUUCCAUGACCUCCUAAGCUGUGUUUCUAUGGACAACAUGCAAGUGCGAGCUUCCCACAUCCGCAAAGUCCUUCUUAGUCUCCCUGCUCCUAUUAUUGUCCUCAUGAGAUACCUUUUUGCCUUCCUCAAUCAUCUUUCUCAGUUCAGCGAUGAUAACAUGAUGGACCCCUAUAAUCUGGCCAUCUGCUUCGGCCCCACCCUGAUGUGCGUCCCUGACAAUCAUGACCAAGUGUCCUGCCAGUCGCAUGUUAACGAGUUAAUCAAAACCAUCAUCAUGCAACAUGAGAGCAUCUUCCCUGGCCCCCGUGAGCUGGACGGACCAGUCUAUAUGAUUGGCAGUGCCACUGAAGACUGUGAGAGCUCUCAUAGUGAGCCCAUCUCAGUGGAAGAUUCCAUUCUAGAUAUGGCCUCCGAGAUGCACAGCACAGAAGAUGGAUCUAACCCAAACAGCAUUGGAUACAGCAGCAGGAGGAUUACAGCAACUGGAAGUGAUGAUCCCCCUAGUGAGAGAUCUAGCCCCCGUUCAGAUCCAGAGCAGUGUUCUGAGCCACUGGCGGAGGAGAAGGUGAUGGCCAGAGCCAGCCUUAGCUGCCCCGCUGGGAGCCACGUGGCAGACAUCUACCUCGCUAACAUUAACAAGCAAAGAAAGAGGCCGGAGUCUGGGAGCAUUCGGCGACCUUUUCGCCAGAGUGACAGCCUAUCUAGCUCCGACACAUCAGAGCCAGCUUCACCGGGAGCAAAUGUACGGCCAACAUCUCAGCCUGUCAUGAGCCAGAGCUUCUCCAGAGAGGCUCCAGAUCGCUGUUCAAUCAGUGGGCAUGGCACAGUCAGCAGUAUCAGUCGGCACUCUUCUCUGAAAAACAGGAUGGACAGUCCUCAGAUACGCAAAGCGAUGGCUGCCGGAAGGUCAAAAAGUUUCAAUAAUCACCGCCCACUGGACCCAGAAGUUAUUGCUCAGGAUAUUGAAGCAACCAUGAACUCUGCCCUUAAUGAGCUGCGCGAACUCGAGCGCCAGAGCAGUGCAAAAUACGCCCCGGAUGUGGUGCUGGACACCCUGGAGCCUCUCAAGACUUCUCCUGUGGCUGCUCCCAAUUCUGAGCCCUCUAGCCCUCUUCAUGCUCAGUCCCUGCGGGAUACAGAGCCAACUUUUCAACGCAGCUCCAGUUCUGCCAGCGACAUCCCUUGUUCAUUCCGUACCGCUAAAUCAGUACGCGUACCCCCUUCAAGGCCUCCAGCUACACGCCCAAAACCAACCAUGUUCCCCAAAUCCAGUCCCCCUGCACCUGGUGGAGUUGGAUCUUCAUCUGGUCAGCAGCCACCUGACAAGUCUUGUCCUGUGUGACACAGGUUAUUAGGGCCAUCACUGUGAAUUCAAUGUUAGAAAUCUUUAGUGUGUACAUAAAGACUUGUGUUCAGUGUGGAAACUGGUGGAAGCAGAAGCCCUAAAAUAAAAGCUGGGAGAAUGCAUGAUGGGGACAAACAAGGAAGUCCAGGACCAAAUGAAAAGAAAUGCUGGUUAAAGGACUGGUCCCAUGUAGAGUCAAUGUGCCCAAAACUAAAGCGUUACUCUAUUUAUUCAGAGUGGCCGAGUUGAUGAGAAUUAUAAAGGGUCUGAUUUAAAUGUCUGCCACUUCCAAUAAUAUGUUUAAAUCAAUGCGCUUCUCGUUUCUGCAGGUGGGGCAGCUCUAUGUUUAAGCAAGCUUUAAAUGUGUUACAAAAAUAUAACACUAAAGCAGGUCAUAACAAUAAUUACUUUGAGAGUAAAAUGUACACGUUCACUUAUCCUAUCUACUGUAUGUCAGUGCUUUGUUCAUUACUUAUAUCAUAGUUAUCACGUAUGUAACAAGCCUGCAUAAACACAGAGAGCUCCUGGAAUACAAACAGAAGAGGAAAUUAGCACCAUUUUGGAACUUUCAGGGAGAGAUUUACAGAUGCUAUUGGAGGGUACAUGAUACGAAGAUUUAUACAUUAGAACAAUGGUAAUUCCAAUUGUUUAAAUUAUGAAUGAAUUUAUAAAAUAAAAUAAAAAUUUGGUAAAAGUUGGAAAACAUUUAGAUUCACAAGGUCUAAAACCAAAUGGUCAUUUAUAUUGAGCCUAUGUGGGACCUUGCUCUAAUUCUGUGAUUCCCCGUUGCACUUAGAGUUGUCGCCCUUACCCUGUCUGUAGUGGUAGGUGCAGAGCGGCUGAGAGUCUUACCGCUCUGUUCUGUACAAACCGUAUUUCUUCUAUUCCCUUCUUACAUUCCAGCUGUAUUCUAAAUUUUUAGUUCCUGCUGUUCCAAGAUCCCAUGCAAUAUUUAAAUAUUAUGGCAGCAUUGAGGGAAUUGUGCUAGGCUUUGGGCGCCUAUGAGUUACCAUUAACUCCACUUUGAUGGAGGUAGUCCAGUAGCGGUCUCACUUCCAUUACUUCUAUAUACCUUCAAACUGAGAUCUAACAUUAAGCGUGGCAACGUAAGAGUUGGUGCUGUCAUGUGCACAAGAGGCACAUAUGGUAAUAGAUAUGGGAGUGGUGCCCUCUAGCAUCUGGAGCAGAAAACCAUUGUCACUGAAUGACUGUGGUCCGUCAUAGCCACUCCUUUACUAUGGACACUAACUAGAGCAGUAUUGUAUCUUUUAUCCUAAAUGACCAGUGAUAUUUCUAUGUUAUGGAUAAUAUAAAAAAACACUAUAUAAAACAGACACCGUACUAAUGUGGUGUCUGUGAGUACGCAAUUCCUAAUACUACAGCAAUUAUAUCUGUACAUCAAAGAACAUCCAUUAUCACUGUUUUCUCAAAAUGAAUGCUAUAUGUGCCCCGUUUCUAGGUAAACUGUCAAAUCGCAGCCCAAUCUAUAAGUGUUGAAAAAUGUGCUCCAGACUACAUAACAUGACCAGUCUCUAUUAAUCACUGGAACCUGAGAGAAGGUCACAAUAUAGUUCCAUAGUACAUAAAUAUAGUACUUAAACCUUUAUGUUGGUGGCUGCGGUUGUCUUAAAGAUGAAUCCGGAAAUUGUAUAAGAGAUAAUAUUGGAUCCCACCAGAAGCAAUAAUGCUUUUCACCAUUUAUGUGCAAUGACAGAACGCUUCAGCUGACAUGAAACUUGACAGUAUUUAAUCCAUCUUCCCGCAUGGCACUGCAUCACAGAGCAUGUGAUUUCUGCUGUGUUACUGCCGAAGGCUGGGGUUAGGCCUGUCUGGCUUAUAAGCAUAGCACUUUCAGCAAUAUAAUAACAUUCAGUUCAGUGAUAUGUAUAUUAUUUUUUCUCAAAUACAGGAGUGAGAGAAGCAUCUGGAAUUCCUGAAAGUGCCCCAGGCAUAUUAAGUAGCAUUUUUUUUUUUUGGUGUUUUUUUUUUUUUUUUUAUGUAAGCCUUUGUUACAAUGAAAAUGGAUUGUGUUGAAGAGCUUAUUUAACCUCUGCAAUUCUAGAAUGGACCUUCAUUGUAGCAGGAUCCAUCGAGUGUGUGAUAGACCUGUCUACUUCCAGAGAGGAUUUACUACAGAUCUCACUCUGACUACAUACGGGUUGCAAAUCAGUCUCCUGUGUAAACCAGUCUCACUUGUUUGAACACUUUGCUGGACGAUGGGGAAAACUGUGUUUAUCCCUGUGCUGUCAGCGGAGUAGCGAAGACCAGCCUUUAUAAGUGUGUAUGUGUGUGUGUGUGAUAAAACAGAGCACGAACCUAAUACAGUGCUCUCUUGCAAUAAGCCAGCACUGUACAACUCCUUUUAUUUGUUAUGGCACUUUGACCACUGAUACUAGAAUCAAUGUAUAUGGACAGUGUUCUCUGGGAGCUGUGUCAAAAAUAUUCAUGCCGUCUAGGAGAAUGUAUGCAUCACAUAUGUAACACAAACUGUAUAAAAUGUCUUUAAAGUGGUCUCCCCACCCCUUAAACUACAUGUUAACUAUAAAAUAAAAUUUUAAAAAAGCAAAAACUAAGCUACGUUUUCACAACUGGAAUAAUGUAUGUCUGUUUUUGUGCUUUGUAUUCUCCAACAUCCCAGACUAAGGGAGGAGAAUUUCAUGUGGGAACUCCUCAAUAAAUUGUGUUUUUAGAUAAAA